AUGCCAAAAAUUAGACAUUCACGAACAAAAAAACCUCCAGAAGGUUUUGAAGACAUCGAAGAAACAUUGCAAGAAUUUGCCCGAAAAAUGAAAGACGCUGAAAAUGAGCCACACGAAGGAAAACGUCGUGUGGAAUCUUUGUGGCCUAUUUUUCGUUUACACCAUCAAAGAUCACGUUACAUUUAUGAUCUAUACUACAAACGAGAGGCCAUUUCAAAAGAUGUUUAUGAUUACUGUUUAAAACAUGGAUAUGCCGAUGGUAAUUUGAUUGCCAAAUGGAAAAAGCCGGGAUUUGAACGCCUCUGUUGCUUACGAUGCAUUCAACCUAAAGAUACCAAUUUUGGCACUACGUGUAUCUGUCGCGUACCAAAAUCGAAAUUGGAAGAAGGACGCAUAGUUGAGUGUGUUUUAUGCGGUUGCAGAGGUUGCUCGAGCACGGAUUUUACUUCCUCGAAAAAAGAAAAGUCAAAACAACCAAGGAUUGAAAAUGAGGAUCAACAUUUACAAUCGGAAACUUAUGGAGAGCAAUCCACACAAACGCAAAUUAAGCAGCCAUCACCAAAUGAAGAAAAUGAGAAAGAUGAAGAUAAUCAAAAUAAAGUUGAAUAA